GCAAGCGUUCAGAUUUGGGAAAACAUUGGAUAAUUCAUGUAGGGCUCCACUACGUAUCUCUUAUAGCGAAGCGCAUAAUAUUUGACCCUUAACGCUUUCCGUAGUCAGCUGAAAAAGCAGAGACCACAAAAGAUUGAGAAAGUGUCAAAAACCAAGCAGCUGAAUAGUGGUGUCGUUCAGCCUGACAUAAAGUUUGUACCGCACACGGAGCUGAGGACAUGUGCUGAUGUUCAAUGGCUUCAGAAAAGCAAGUCACAUUUGUGAUCGUCGGUGGAGGAAUCGCAGGCGUAACUUGUGCAGAACAGAUCGCGUCGCAGUUCACGUCCGAUGAAGUUUAUCUUCUGACAGCCUCACCCUUAGUAAAGACGGUUACAAAUUUCAAACAGGUGUCGAAGACCUUGGAAGAAUUUGAUAUCGAGGAACAGCCAUCCAGUGUUUUAGAAGAAAAGUAUCCCAAUCUGAAAGUCGUACAAUCUGCAGUCAAACUCCUGCGAGCCAAGGAACAUCUUUUACAAACAGAGAAUGGCCAGACGUUUCAUUAUAGAAAGCUGUGUAUCUGCAGCGGAGCCAGACCCAAGCUUCUCACCCAAGAUAACCCUCAUGUGCUGGGCAUACGAGACACAGACAGUGCUCAGGAGUUUCAAAAGCGCUUAUCAAAGGCUAAAAGGAUAGUAGUCAUUGGCAAUGGAGGAAUCGCAUUAGAAUUGGUGUAUGAAGUAGAGGGUUGCGAAGUGAUCUGGGCUAUAAAGGAUAAAGCCAUAGGAAACACAUUCUUUGAUGCAGGAGCUGCUCAGUUUCUCAUUCCCUCACUGGGGGCUGACAAAAAAGAUAGGUCUUUGCCCUGCAAGAGAGCACGCUAUGCUACUGACAAGACUGGAGCAGGCCACAGUGGGGCUUCAGGAGAGCUUGGCAGUGCCUUGGGCCCAGACUGGCAUGAGGGGAUUGAACUAAGAGGAGCAGUGCAGAAUUCCAGCGGAGUCCAUGUAGAAUAUGAGUGUGCGGUUGACAAGCUCUACACCCAACAGGAAUUCCUACAGUCCAAACUCAACACAAAUACAUCAGAAUUAGGGCUGUGGCCAGCUUAUGUUCAGUUAACCAACAAAAAGAUUUAUGGCUGUGAUUUCGUCGUCAGUGCAACAGGCGUCGUGCCAAACACUGAUCCUUUUCUCAAUGGCAACAAUUUUAAGCUGGCAGAAGAUCAUGGUUUGAGAGUGGAUGAUCAUAUGCGGACGUCUGAACAGGAUGUAUAUGCGGCUGGAGAUGUGUGUACUGCAGGCUGGGAGCCCAGCGCUCUCUGGCAACAGAUGCGAUUGUGGACUCAGGCACGUCAGAUGGGCUGGUACGCAGCGCGUUGUAUGGCUGCAGAUGUGCAAGAGGAGGCCAUAGAGCUGGACUUCUGCUUUGAGCUGUUCUCACACAUCACCAAAUUCUUCAACUACAAGGUGGUUUUGCUAGGCAAGUUUAAUGCUCAGGGUUUGGGUCAGGACCAUGAGCUUCUUGUGCGCUGUACAAAAGGGCAGGAGUAUGUGAAGGUGGUUCUGACUGGGGGCCGAAUGGUGGGAGCUGUCCUUAUCGGAGAGACGGACCUAGAGGAAACUUUUGAGAAUCUCAUUCUCAACCAAAUGGACUUAUCCCGAUAUGGCGAGGAGCUUCUUAAUCCUAAUAUUGACAUUGAAGACUACUUUGACUGAAUCGUUCUGGUUAGCCAAUGACACAGAUGAUAGUUAUUUUAAAGCUGCACAGUGUAAUUUCUGUUCCACCAAUAAAAAGUUCAAAAAUUAUAAUUGUUUUCAAACUCUCCACAAUCUUACACCUAUCUUGCUCAACAGGAAGGAAGUCCUACCUCAGUCUGUUGCCUUUGGCAAUAUUCUCGUGCUCGGAGCACAAACAAACAGACUUCAAUUCUGUUUGUCACAACUAGGGGCGCAGAAAUUGCACGCAGUAUUUUAAAAGAGUAGUUCACCCAAAAGUGGAAUACAAAAUUCACUCUCCCUUAUGUUGCUCCAAGCUCGUAUGAUUUUCAUCUUUGGCAAACAAAAGCCACAUUGUCCAUUAACUAUAUUUCAAGUCAUUUGCAUUUCCUUUCCUCAUCAAGUCUUGUAAAACCAUAGCUGUCUGUGACAAUAGUGACUAGUAAAUAGGAAAAUAGUGACUAGUACUUUGUUUAAAAUUUCUCAUUUUGUGUUCCAAGUCAUAUGGGUUUGGAACGAUGGUGAAGGUGCAUAAAUGAUUAGUCUGAAUUUUCCUUUUUGGGUGAACUAUUCCUUUAGGGAACUAUGAGCUAUUAUAAGUAACCAAUGGAUAAUGCACAUUGAGAAACAGAGUAAGAAAAACAUGGACUAUUGAGUUGCCAAAAAAUAUAUAUUUAUUGAUUCGUUAUUUAGAAGUGCUCUGCUCUCACAUCAUGAGGCAAGUAAUAAUUUAAGUCCAUGUAUAGCUAUACUGAAGUAAUGUUUAUUUACAACAUGGCAUUCAGUUUUUUGGGAUAUGUGUCUGUUGAGCUCCAACUCCCAUAAUGAUCCUUUUGGUAAUUAAUUCUGUGAUCUGAGUGAAAGGGAAAUCACUAUUUCAAGUGAGCUUCCAAUGUGUUUACUGUAUCUGGGUGAAAAUAAAUGUUAAAUUCAAACACUUUAACAUUA